AGGAAGAACUCUGCUAGGACCCAGGAACUAUGUGAAUACACACAAGAUGUAUAAUCUAUAUUAUAUAAUUAAAUAAACAAGUGAAAUAGUAAACCUUUCUGUAUUUAAAACCGAUCUGAGCCUUACGCUGGGGCCUGGUCAUCCGAUGUGACUAAAGAAGCGAAACAAGAAUCUACCUAACAAAGAAGACCGUUAUCUUUAAAAAACUAGCGAUUCCGGUUUAUUGUUUAAUUCUAACCAAUACUCCACCAGUUUAUGAAAUAUUUUUUGGUACAUUGAGGAUGAGGAAUUACAAAAGAAAAACUAAUCGAGGAACUAAAUCUGUGGAUUUCAUGCAGCGUGCUGCUCAAUUAGUUUUAAAUGAAAAUGUAUCAUUAAGGGAGGUUUGUCGUGUUUUUGAGUUAAGUAAAAGUUCUUUAUCCAGAUUUAUAAAACGAGUGCAGGAUGAUCCUACGAAUUUAAGAUUCGGCUACGGUACUCCAAGGAAGAUUUUUAAUAUGGAACAAGAAGCAAGUCUGACAGAAUAUUUGCUCAAACUUGCACAAAUUUUUCAUGGUAUAGGACCGAAAGAAGUUCGUCGCAUGGCUUAUGAUUGCGCAAUUAAAUUCAAAAUAAGUAUGCCAGAAGCAUGGCUUCGAAAUAAAAUGGCAGGUAAAGAUUGGAUGACCGCAUUCCUUACACGGAAUACACGUCUUUCAAUCAGAAAAUCUGAAGCAACUAGACUUAGCAGAAGUACGUCGUUCAACAAAACUAAUGUGCAAGAAUUUUACUCGAAAUUAGCUAAUGUCAUGAAAAGUUUUAAGUUCAAAGCUUCGACCAUAUGGAAUGUUGAUGAAACUGGUGUAUCGACUGUCGCUAAACCUUCAAAAAUAAUUUCAGAAAGAAAGCAAAGUGUUGGUUUUGUAGCAUCAGCUGAACGUCGCCCUAGUGUAACUUUAUUAGUGGCGGUAUCAGCUACAGGUUUAUACGUUCCUCCUAUGUUUAUAUUUCCUUGCGAACAUUUUAAAGACCAUUUAAUUAGAGAUGGUCCUAUUGACUGCAUAGGUGCAGGAAAUUCUAGCGGUAGUGUAAAUAAUGAUGAGUUCUUUACGUUUAUGCAGCAUUUUAUUAAGAACGUUAGGCCUAGUAAAAAGUCGCCAGCUCUGUUGAUUUUAGGCAAUCAUUUAUCACACUUGUCUGUACCUACACUAGAUCUUGCUGAAAAACAUGGAGUGGUAAUGCUUUCUUUUCCUGCACAUUAUUCCCUCAAGCUGCAACCGCUGCACGUAGCGGUAUACGGGCCUUUUAAAAAAUACCUGGUUCCAGCUCAAGAUGCAUGGAUAAAAAAUAAUACUGGAAAAACAAUGACAAUAUAUGAUAUCCCUGGGAUUGUUCGCCCUAUUUUGCCUUCAGCUUUAACACCAAAUAAUAUAAUGAGUGGAUUUAAAGAAACUGGCAUAUUUCCAUACAAUCAAUAUAAAUUUGAUGACGAUGUUUAUGCAUCUAGUUUUGUCACAGAUCGUCCCAUGGAAAGUGAGAAAAUUAAACAACCAUCGACUUCGGCUAAUGCGCAAUUAGUCAAUUCUCGAGAAGUAUUUUUACCUGAAACUGUGAUACCACUAUCAAAGGCUGGUCCUAGAAGGUCAAUAACAAAGAAAAAACGUCUCCUAUCUGCUACUUUAACAGAUACAACAAAAAAGGAAGAUCCAAGAAAAAAACAGGAAAUGGCAAAUAUAAUUAAAGGCCGUAGGAUUAACAGACCAAAUGAAGUAAACAAAAAAAUAAACCAAAAAAGGAAGAUCCAAGAAAAAAACAGGAAAUGGCAAAUAUAA